AUGGCUAACUCAAAAUUCGAAUAUGUGAAGCAGUUUGAGCAACCCGACAAUCUCCUCCCCAACACGUGGGUCGUGGUCAGAAUCGAUGGACGGGGUUUCACAAAAUUCGCCAACAAGUAUGGCUUUGAGAAGCCGAACGACAAGCGGGCUCUUGAGCUUAUGAACGCUGCCGCCAGAGCAGUAAUGGCCGAGCUGCCAGAUAUUACCAUUGGCUACGGAGUCAGCGAUGAAUAUAGCUUUGUCUUCCACAAAACGUGCAGUCUCUUUGAGCGUCGCUCCAGCAAACUGGUGUCGACGAUUGUGUCUACCUUUACCGCAUACUACGUCCACUUCUGGUCGACUUACUUCCCCGAGACGCCACUAUCACCUCCCUUGCCCAGCUUUGACGGCAGAGCAGUGUGCUACCCGACUGUCCAGAACUUACGGGAUUACAUGAGUUGGAGGCAGGUUGACUGUCAUAUCAACAAUCUCUACAAUACCACCUUCUGGGCCCUCAUCCACUUGGGAGGGAUGGAUGCCACAGAGGCCGAAAAGACGCUGAAGGGGACGUAUGCUGCAGAUAAGAACGAGAUCCUCUUCUCUAGAUUCGGUGUCAACUACAACAAUGAACCCGAAAUGUGCAAGAAAGGCAGCGUUGUUUUCAGAGACUACGAGCUGGUAGAGCCCGGCACGCAUAAUACUACCAUUGAAGUGGACACUUUUGCGGAGCCGGUUCAACAAUCCAAGACGCAGGUCGAAAAUGAUAAGAAACGAAGAGCGAAGGCACGGAUUGUGGUCGAACAUCUUGAUAUUAUCAAGGAUGAGUUUUGGGACCGCCGGCCCUGGUUGCUAUCGAACAAACCAGGCAAGAUCCCAAAGGAGCCAAAAGUCGACUGA